AAAAGUGUAGUAUCUGUUCUUAUCAGCUUAAUAUCUGAUACAAUCCCCAUAGGGGAUUCAGAAUAUUAAACUGAUUUUUGGAACCUGGCGGGUGACCGGAGCUUGCUCCGACUCUGCCGCGGGUCGGCCUGGCAUUGCAGUACCGUCAGGAACGGCCUAAUAAUCUAAUUAAUACAUAAUUUCACUUGGAUUAUUAGGUAUUAAUCCGCGGCGGAUAAUCCGCUUGCACUCAGGUAAUCCGAUAAUCCGUGCGGUAGUCUGGAUCCCCGGGGUGUCCACGCGCAUAACUUCUUUCCGCGCGUGGACAUUUUCCAUUCAUUUAGAGUGCAAGACUUGGCUCAGAGAAGCAUUUUAUUUACUGAGUAUUUUUAUAUUCCGCGAGUGAGAGUGUCCGCGAUUAUUAUUAAGUUCGCCGAGAAGCGAAAAUUGCGUGCGAGCGAAAAGUGAGGUGCCGCGACGCGUGUGCUCCGCGAGUUUGGUUAGGGUGCCCUCGACCUGGGGCUCUGUGCCACAGUGACGUGCAGUGGUGUGGUGAGUGUGCGGUGCGCGGGUGUGGUGCGUGUGUGCGGUGUGUCUCGGUGUGGCGGUACGUUGUUACACCUGUUGCUGUCACCGCGUGCCGCCAUCCCGUGUCACGCUGCCGCGGGUGACUUACAUAUAUCGUGUGUAGGUUAGCCCGCCGCGUGCCGCCCUCGCGCUCCGCGCGCGGGGUCCCACACACACUGCGCGUCCAUAUUUUAUUAAUUGUUUUAUUUAUUUAUUUAUUUGUAUAGUUAUGGCGCAGGGUCCCAUAGAAAUUGUGCUCCCGUAUCCCCUAGAGGAGCGGGUGCGUUGCGUACGGUGCUGGGGGAGCGGCGACAGAAAUGUUAGGUCGAGGGGUGAUUUCUGCGACACGCAGCAUCUAAGUAGACACUUAAGAAAAUUUCAUCCGGGGGACACUAUUACAUACGUGUGCUCCAUAUGUAAUUUUAGGGGGACCGGCGCGGUCCCCUAUAGAAAGGUUAAAGACCAUUAUGAGAAGGAGCACGUCCCCCGGACAGAGGUUGCGUGUCGCGGCACCCGCGGAGCACAAAGAACAUUAACUAAUAGUGGUGGGCUUUCAGGUGUGCGGACCCGGGCCUCUGCAGCCGCCCCAUCUGCGUCGGCAUCAGCUGGAGCAUCGUCGCGAAGCCGUACAUCCUCGCGGCCACCCACGUCACACUCCACGGCCACGACGUCCACAAUCACACCACCUGCAACAUCAUCUGCAGCAGCAACAUACUCCCGACCACCAGGAACAGCAGGAGAGUCCCCCUCAUACGCGGCCGUCACAGCAGCGGGGCCAGCGACACGUCCACCAUCUUCGUCGCUGGCCACAACAUCAACAAGUGCGGCCAUCUUAGGAUCGGCCGCCAUGACGGCCGCCAUAUUGAGCACCGCCCGAGGGACGUCGGCCGCCACUAUGGCGCAUCCACAGGGUAAUGGCGGAUUCACUAGACAAAAUGGCGCGGCCAAUAGGAGAAGCCCGUCUCACAUGGCGUCAAGAGAGGCACGCAAAAGCCCCCGCAGACCAUCCAGCGGGGGCGAAACGACAUCGAGGAGGAUCGCAGGGGCCCCGCCAACCACCACCAGCCAGGCGGGGUCCAAUAAUAUCCGAAAUUUGCGGCGAUCAACGAGCGUGCCUCUCGUGAAGAGCGGCGCGUCUAGGCCGGCACGUGCGCCUCCCAGGAGGUCUCCGGCCGCCGAAUCACCAUCCUUCGGCGGUCUGGGGGGCGCGAGGAGGAUGACGCCCGAGAGGACCCCCCCGACGACAUCCAGCGGGGGUCCUUAUACCAGGAGCCGUACUCGAGCGUCAAGUGUGCCGGCCGAGAAGUGCGCAACAAAGACGGGCCCCCUGGCCCGGACAUCGGCCAGGGGGGUACCGCGGGGGCCCCCAACAUCAGGGAGGAUAACCCAAGGGGCCCUGCCGGCGAUGACAUCCCCAGCCGGCACCGCGGUACGAAAUCUAAGUGCCGCGCUGACGCUGCAGGCUUCUGGGGGGGCGAGGGGUUUGGCGAGGACGCCAACCCCGCAACGUGGGACCCCGCCCCCCCAGGUGACUCCCGCCACGCCGCCUUCCAUCUGCGGCAUGUGUGCGGGAGUCAUAGAUUUAACAACACCGCCAUCGUUGCCUGCGGCGUCCGGAUCCGCCACAUUGACCACCCGCACGGUGACCACAACGACAUGCGGGUCCCCCGUGAUGUCCACGGGGUAUUUCGCGGGGAGGGUCACUCCAUCACGACCUUCCCCCCUCCCUACCAUCCCGGAGGUGUCACCGCGCGAGGUGGUCAAUAGGAUGCGCCUCGAGACAACUCCCACAACAUCCGGGCAGGAAGAGCGGCGGCAACCAGGAGCGGCGCUACCUUCACCACCAUCGGAGGACGAGGGGGACUCAGGUGGGCCGUGGAGGAGGCGCGUGGGAAGAAGAGCGAGGAGGCGGUGGGGCGGCAGCUCCAGCGAGGGUGAUAGUCCGGCGCCGGUGGGGCUGCGGCGGACGCCUGGUCACCCGCCGCGAACGCCGGCGAAUUUUAACUCUUUUUCGCAGGUUACGCGGCCAUGUUCGGUCGUCCUGCAACGACGUCCACAAUCACACCACCUGCAACAUCAUCUGCAGCAGCAACAUACUCCCGACCACCAGGAACAGCAGGAGAGUCCCCCUCAUACGCGGCCGUCACAGCAGCGGGGCCAGCGACACGUCCACCAUCUUCGUCGCUGGCCACAACAUCAACAAGUGCGGCCAUCUUAG